UGACGGAAGAAAAGUUUAAAGAAACUUUUGAAAAUUUUUCCUAGAAAAACUAACAACGAUUUUACAAAUAAGAUUAAUGUAGGUAUUUCAAAAUAAAUCUGAAGCGUUUGCGAUGUGAUUUAUAUUAAUAGUAAGUGGGUGAUUGAAAAACAAGAAGGUUUUUGUUAGCACAUGUUGUAUUAUGAUAGUUUGUGCAGUUCGAAAUUCUGAGUUCGAAACCAUGGAAGACAAAGAGAAAGAUCCACAAUAUUCGCUGGAAAAGUGUUCGUACAGGUUUCUGCAACAAACUGCGAAGUCUAUGGGCUUGCCGUCGAAUGUAAAGAAAAUGUACCUGAUUCAGCUGAUAAAUGCGAAGAGGUUUAGCAGUGAGCAUGCAGUGGCGCUGCUCAUCAAGCAAGUGCGUCGGGAACGCCAACACUGCUCCAUGUUACGAAAGAAAGCUGCUAAAAAUCGUCUGAAGAAGAAUGCACAGCAAAGUUCAGAGAUAUCGUCGACAAGCAAUGGCCAGUCUCCACCAAUAACCCAUACACCGAAGAGAGUCAGCCACAUCCUCAUUCGAUACAGUCCAGAAGUGCACUCCCCAAACAAAUAUCCACGGACCGUACAAAAGAGCAUCUCUAUAACCAGCAGUGACCGAGUACUGCGAAGCUUCAAUCGGAUUAAAAAGCCAAGUUACUUACUCAAUGAGAAUUUGAUGAGUUUGCUUGAUAGCCCGGAACAGAGGACCGAACGGGUCAACAAUACCAAUAAGGUAGAAAAGUGCAGAAUUAUGAAGCGGGUGUAUGCUAAGAAGAUUUUUGAUGGUCGUCAUUGUUUUAAUAAUGGAGAGAUAGUGCCUGCACACAGAGAUGCGACCACCUCCCCACCACCAACUAGAAGACAGCGAAGACUAAGCGGUGUCUACCCCUUGCAGCCGGAAGACAUCAAGCUGCCCACCGUAACAGUGAGACGGGCAGACGGCAGCAUUUCCAAACUAAAAGCUAUUAUACAGAAACCACUACAACAAAUCACUGAUACACCGUCCAACCACAGAAAGGAACCUUUACAAAUAACUGAAAAACCGCACACAGAACAGAAUUUGGUAGAAAUACCACAAAAUGUAAACUAUAGACCGUCUAAUGCGGACACAAGGACUCCAAAUUACAAUAAUCAGCUAACAAACUGGCCUACUAUCGGGUAUAGAACUUCAUCUGCAUCUGAAAUACCACACAAUUUGAACUACAUGUCUCAGAAUAUGGCAGUAACUACAUUCAACUACAACUAUCAAGUACCAAGUAAUGCUUUAGUAAAUGUACCGCACAACUAUGCCAGAUAUAGCAACAGUUCCGAAGAUACUAUGUCAGUUGGUUACCGAGACAACCAGUCUGAUGACUAUGGAGUGUAUUAUCAUAAGAAGAUUAGAGCUGAACAGGUCAGGUCUUUGCGGAGUAGGGAGAUGGCGAGAAGUGCUGAGCUGGAGUGUCAGCUGCCGAGGAUCAAUGAAGUGUUCAGUAAAUUCAGUAGUGUUUACUGUAGGGAUGUUACGCAACCAUUGUAUGUGCAAGUUGACAAUGAGCCGGAGAUUGCCCCACCGCUCCAAUCCUACAUCCCGGAUCCCCGCGUCCAGUACCAAGUGAACACUCCAAGCUUAGAGAAGUUCUACAACUUUAAGACCGCCAACCAGUGUUUGCUGCAGACCACCUCCGCUAACAACACGAGAACGGUCUACUCUACACCUGUUAUAUCUACUGCCAAGGCGCAGCCAUCAUCCGCGAGCCACGGCCUCUAUAACAUUGCUUCUCCGCCGCGGGAUAACCAAACGCCAUAUAACCAGGCGCAAUAUAACCAGGCACCGUAUAACCCGGCGCAAUAUAACCAGGCGCAAUAUAACCAGGUGCAAUAUAACCAAGGCCAAUAUAACCAGGGCGUGUAUAUGAACCACGAGGAGAUGCCGCGCGUCCACGACUUCUUCAGGAGUUUCCACUGUGAUGAUGACGCUGUUAAUGACCCUCAACCUCUAGCGCACACGGCGGACUUCCACCGCUCGACGUCGUCCAUAGCGACGCUGACGUCCCAGGAACAGGAGCAGACCGCCAACAUCACCAUACCGGAGAUGGUGGAAGAUGCCUUCGAGAUCAUCAGCCAGGAUGGAGACUACAUGGAACGGAUGGGAAUGGACAUACGGAUGCAGUGCAUCCUAUGCAACUGGGCAGGACCCAAGAUUAUUCUCGAGUACCAUAUUAGGAAGGAGCACGCGGGUCAGAUAGUGGAGUGCGCGGGCAGCGAGUGCGUGGCGCGGUACAGCCUGGGCGCGCUAACCGCCAGGCGGCGCUGUCUCACGCACGUGCUGCAGCUGCGGGGCGACCUGUAUCUACUGUCCGCGCAGUACAGGGACCCGGACGACUUCAUUGCGUCAUUGUCUACACUAUCGUUCGAACCGGACGCUCCAAAGACCGGCAGCAUGACUAUCUACAACAAGGUGACAGGAGAACCAUUCACUUGGCAGGGAGAGAUCACAGACCUACCACUCUGCAUGCCAUACGAAAAUAGCCCUAAUUGCUUCAGACUUUCACUCUCUAAAAUGGACCUUUUGCCUAACAGCGCUAACUUGAAAUUGUUGAAUCGAGAAUUAGUGGUCCGGUCCCCCACAAAGGUGGUUGUCGGUCAACCAGAGUUGGAUAAUAUACAUAUCAAUUUGAUUGUUAAGAUAUUUGACUGAGAAGUAAUGUUAUGGACUGAUAAAGAAGUGUGAAUCUUUUGGUGAGUUCUUUUCUGUAUAUGUGGUUUUUUUUUUUCUAAAUAUAUUGUUGUUUUUUUUUUAUUUUGUUAUGGUUUGACCAUAUUAUGUUAAGAGAGUUUUAUAAAAUGGGAGUCAGUUAAAAAAGAUAUCGCAUUAGUUUCUUUAAGAAAACGUGAUUACAGAUCUCAGUUACUUUAUAGUAUAAGUUCUAGUUAGGUUUUUUUUAUAAUUAUUUUUUAUUUUUUUUACGUCUGGUACAGACAGUUGUACGGAGAGUUGUAAGA